AUGGGCAGCCCAAAACGCCUCUUUCGCUGCACGCUGCUCGUCGCCCUCGCGCGGAGCUGCGACAUCGACAGCUACUACGCCGACGUCGAUCUCACUUUGACCGGCGCGGCCCUCCGCGCCGCUCUCCAGGACCGCAUCUCGUCGCCGCACGACGUCGUGCCCUACACGUCCGACGCCACGGACACCUGGGACGCGCUCUACGUCCUCGACGCGGAUCCGUCGAACGCCGACAACGUCGUCGGGAUCUACACGCGGCGGUCCGUGGCGGCGAGCCUGUCCGGCGCGACCGACGGCUGGAACCGCGAGCAUCUGUGGCCCAAGAGCCACGGCGUCGGCUACUCCGGCGCGGACUUUAGCGACCUGCACCACCUGGUCGCGGCGGACGGCAGCACGAACUCCGCGCGCGGCAACAAAAUCUUUGGAAACUGCGAGGGGCUGCCGGGCUGCGAGUCGCCCGCGUACGACGAGGCCGCGGACGACACGGCGGCCGACGCCGAGUCGUGGCGGCCGCCGGCCGACGUCCGCGGCGACAUCGCGCGGGCGAUGUUCUACAUGGACGUGCGGUACGCGGAUCUGAGCUUAGCGUCCUGCGACUUCAUCUGCGACGACCCGGGAAUCUCCGGCAACUACUCGUGGCUCCGGCGGUGGCACGACGACGAUCCCGUCGACGACGCCGAGCAGGCGCGGAGCGACCUCGUCUGCGAGUCGUACCAGCUCAAUCGCAAUCCGUUCGUCGACUACCCGGAGCUCGUCGCCCGGCUCUUCGACGACGCGGACGAGACCGCGGCGCGGGCGGCCGUCUGCGACUCCGUCUGCGUCGAGGAGACGGACGACGAGUCCGGCGCGUCGUCGCUCUCAGCCGGGGGCGCGAUGGUCGCCGGCGUGCGCACGAACCCGGACGCCUUCGCGAUCGUCCUGCUCGAAGACGCGACGGGGCUGGAGCACCUGCGCGUUACCGACAACGGCUGGAGCGAGGGCGACGGAUUCCGGGACUCCGAGGGCGUCCUCGCGUGCACGCGCGCCGAAGCCGUCGCGGGGACCGUGCUCACGGAGGCGGACUUCGAGGCGCGCGAGGGCUCGUUCAACCUCGCGUCGGGUGGCGACCAACUAAUCGUCUACAACGCCGCCGGCUCCUUCGUGACCGCGCUGAGCAUCAACGGCGCCUGGGACGACGCCGCGACGUCGAGCGGCACGUCCGCGCUACCGUCGGAGCUCGUCGACGGCGAGACGGCGCUCGCGCUGUCCGCCGGCGACUACGACUACGCGGGGUCGCGCUACGGCGCUGCGGCAGAAUUGCGGGAGUGGCUCGCGGCCGGCGGCAACUGGGAGGCGGCGUCCGGCGACGUCGACGCGACGGCCUUCGACGUCGGCGACUCGGAGUCCGCCGCGGCGCCGAGGUUCGAGCCUUUUUAUUUACUCGCCCUUUUGCCGCUC